GAGGGCGACAUUUGUUUUCAAUUGUCAUCAAGAAUACAUGCAAGAUGUCCACUUCCCGUGUAAAUUUUCUUGCAACGUCAACGUUUGUUGCAUUUUUGGCGUAUUUGCUGUCCUUUUUCUCCGAAAUUCAUGCGGAAAGUCACGAAAUAAUUGUUCCAGAUGUGAAGAAAUGUUGGGAUGAGUCAUGUGGAGUGAAGUACAACCCCAAGUCACCCUUGAUACGAUGUGAAUUGGCGCCAUCGGAAUAUGUGGAGUGUGAGACACCAAUUGAUUUGUUUGCAGUUAAUGGAAACACUACCAAAGAGCCAGGAGAAUUUGGAUGCACACAAUAUGGCAAGCAACGUUAUGAAGAGGUACAGACAACACAAGUUUACUGUACAGUUCUCCCUGGCAUUGAAUGUUAUGGUAAUAGGACCUUCAUCAAAGACAAUGUGCCCUGCAUCAAAUAUACCGGGCACUAUUUUGUGACAACCCUCUUAUUUUCAAUUCUGCUGGGCUUUUUUGGAGUGGAUAGAUUCUGUCUGGGUCAUGUCGGAAUGGCUGUAGGAAAACUACUAACGCUUGGAGGCUUCGGUGUGUGGUGGAUUGUGGAUAUCAUCUUGUUAUGCACUGGUAAUCUGAUGCCUAUUGAUGGCAGUAACUGGUGUCCGAAUUAUUGAUGAGUGGGUACCAGGCAUUGGUUGAAGUGAUUGACUGCUGUGAUGAGCCACAUAUCCUUCAAAGCUAUGUCUGUACAAGGACUCAUUUGUCUCGUGACGUCCUCAACAUCUGUAGACUCCCAGAUUGGAAAUAUCUUUGACCAUCCACCAAAUCUUGGGUUUGUCUCCAGCAUCAGCUCCAGGUUUCAGCUGCAUAAUUUUGGUAAUUAUUGACUGCCAGUAGCUGUCAUGGCUGUCCUCUUAUUGUUAAAUGAGAGGAUGCCCAUAGAGGUUCAUGCUCACAAACAACAGAAGGCAUAGUUUACUAAAUGAAAAUGGAGUGAUGUUAAGGAAAUUGUGAUAAAUACUUGCUGAUGUACUUGCUUUCAUUUGAAAAAGAUGAAAUCAGUGUUUCCCCCUUGUUAAAUUACUUCUCUGAAAUAAUUCCCACAUAUCAGUGUUUGACUGGUUAUCUCUAACAGCACCAGAUUGGUUUAGUAUGCUGUUUGAAAUACACGUGUAGGUUUAGUUUAAGCAAAUUUCUGACCAUGGUUCAGUUAUCUGGAAUUAAUCCACCUCAUCAGCUCCCCACUUCAUAAUUUUUUUAUCAUUAAGACAAAGAUCUUCAGUGUGAGGAAACUUUAAAGCUGGAAAACAUACUUUUUACAUACAUAACAUUUUUGUAGUAUUUUUGUGGGUGAGAUGUUGUUAUUCACAAUAUAACAAAAGCUUGACAUUGCUUUUUUUUUUAAAGUAUGACUGAUAAAAUAUGAUUUUUAGGAAUAAUGUGUUUGAAGUUUCCCUUUACUGUGCAUGCAUAUUGUAUGACAUAAGUUGUAACAAGUUUAAGUUUGGACAAAGAACAAUUAGAUACAUAAGGAGGUUGCCCUGCAAUCGACAAAAUGAAUUGCGCCCUCUUCAAAAUCUGCCUUUGCUAUAGCAAAUAGCGCCCUCUAUGUACCACAUGGCAUGACUAAUGCAGUAGUUAUUUUUUAUAGUGGCCGAACAAAUGUGUUUGUUAGUUCGUGAUACCGAAGGUCGAAUGAAUUAGUUGGCGUCCAUCCGAUUGGCCAACAAAGCCUUAGAUUGUGCGGGUAUGAUGCGGGGGAGGUAAUGCCUUUGGAGGAAUGGCUUGCUUUUCUGUGGGAGAUUGCUUAAGAUCUUGCCUCCCAAGUCUUUCUUGAACUGAUAGCUUGCAAAGCCACAAGCAUGUAACCUUGGUGACAAGCCGCAAGCAAAAUAAAUCACAGUUGAGUCACCAGGAUUCGUUUAAGCAUGGUAUAGCUGAGUUUAAUGACAUCAAUAAACCACUGCUUAAAAAAAGGGGUGAGGUUUAUUGUCAAGGUUAGAAGUCUCUGGAAAAUGAAUCGGCAGUGCAUAUUGUGCUCGAUUAAUUUUCCCUCGAAAGUUCUACAUUUCUUGGAAGCACACAAUAUUGACUUGAAUCUUUCUUUUUUGAGCAACCUUAAGUUUAUUGAAAGUGGAAAUGAAGACAUUUUUUUGUAUUUCCCUGUCGUAAUCUGCAUGUCAAUCUUUUCAAAUUGUGGAUCAUUCUGUGUAUGCAGCUGGUCUUAAAAAUCAGUCUUGGCAAUAGUGCGUCAGUGUCUGGAAAGAUGUACAUGUAUACGUGUAGUCACUUCCUCGGCUGUUAGUAUCUAACAGUCAACUGUUUUCUGUGCUUGAAGUUUUCACGAUUGUACUCUGCAUGGGUCCCUGAUUUCCCGCCUUUUGGUCAUGGCUUUAAUGCAGGUUAAUACGCCACCUGUAGUUUUGCGUCAUUGCACGCACAGACAUCCAACCAACUUGAUCCAGUUUAAAGUAUUGACGUGAAAAGUGCAGAUCGGAUGUAGAAAAAUAAAUCUGCUGGUCCGUUCUUUGCAGAAGAAAUCGUCAUUUCUCGGAAUAUCCCCACGUUUUUUCUUUUUUUUUGAAAGGAUUUGGUAGUAUAGGCCUACUGUUGCGUUUUGAUUUUCUGAAAAUUCGUUUUCUGACGCAUUUGGUUUUACUUUGAUUUGGGGGGUCAUUAAACCCUGGUUGUCAAUUCGACUUCAAGAAGACUAAUAUCAAAUAUUGAAAUGGUAAGUCUAUGAUGGCAGUUAUUCUGUUUAACCUCAGUCGGUGAUUAAAAUUUACAAAAACUUUGUUUGCUACACCAUGUAUCUUGAA